AAAGACGUACACGCGGGUCAUGUGACAAGGUCUUCGUUAUCAUGGCUGCCGCAUAUUCUAGUGGUCUCUACAGAGUCAGCGGAACAGCUUGAUGUGUGAGCGGAGGACAAGACCAGGAGUCACAUAACCAGGAGGAGAGCGGCACCAUGGUCUACGGCUUCAUCAUUCACACGGUGGCGCCCCCUGGUGGUGGGGAGUCCUGCAGGGUCCUGUACCACCGCGUCUUCUCCUGCGGGUUGGUGGAUGAGCAGCGGAGGACGGAUGAAGAUUUCUUGGAGAAGGAGACGAUCAGGAGGAAGGAGCAGAUGGCGGACGUGGCCCGACAGGUGGAGUCACGGUGUCUCCUGAGGCGUCAGCUCUCCGCCCGUCCGGCCGCAGACUUUGCCACCCAUUCCCCAGAGGAGACGGUCUCUCUCCACGAGGAGGAUGUCGGGGUGCUGGGGUUACCACCGGGGGAGCCCUUCCCACAGGAGAUGACGGUGCUGUAUGUGGGGGUGCACUACCUGGGCUUCUCUCUCAUCUGUGACCCUCAGGAGAACCUGACGCUGGCGGAGAUGACGCUGAGGAUGGUGGCCAAGUAUCUGCUGGAGACCCUGCGCCUCCUGACGCACAGCAGCAACGCCAUCCUCCGCGCCGACAAGGUGGAGCUGACCCUGGACAAGUUCAUCCCGCAGGGGGCGCUGCUGUUCCUCAGCCACCAGGCCGUGCAGGCGCUAGAGAAGGAGCUGAGCAGCUGCAUGACCCUCUGAGGAAACCUACAGAGCACCCCACCAGAGGACAUCCGAUCCUUUAUGUAAAUAAACCUCUUCAGCUUUCUAAGA